AUGACGACGACUUGGGGUGAACCGGAUAUUCAAUUACCACCUUCACCUAAACUAUCUUCUUCUAAUCAACAAAAUGCUCAGCUAGAUGUUAGCAAAAUUUGGGAUUUAGAUCCAUCUGGAUCAAAUGAGCUUCCAGCUUUGAUUUCCGAAACAGAACUAGAAGAAAGUCGAGAACCAUUAGUUCUACCAAGUUCACCACCCAAGGGAUCUUAUCAACCAAUGACAGUAACGGGUAGUCUAACCCCCACCGAAGUGUUCAGUUCAUCCCAACCUCCUCGUUCUACACGACCUGGACCGGUGACUCGAUCGUCGAGUUUGAUUACCGUUCCUACGAAAAACCAAUCUGAGAAUCAAGCAUCAACCAAAGGGAUUUCAGAACCAUCAGUUCCAGUGAUGUCAUUUGAAGAUCAAUUAAAAGCAGCCAUUCGUGCAAGUCUCGAACCCAAUGGACAAGUCAUGAAUCUAAACCAAUCUGAAAAUGAACCUAUUAAAGAAUUAGGAACAGAGGAAGAACAGAUGAGUAAAGCUUUAGAAGAAAGUCUGGCGAUGAGUAGUUCUAGAACUCUGGAAAACUCUGGAAGGUUUCUUCAUCCUUAUCCUACUCAAAGGGUUCGAGAACUUGGAAAGCCAGUUGCUUUACGAGUUCAAAACCCACAUCUCGUCUUUCUUCCUGCUGUUUUGAAUGUUUUGUAUGCAGCUAAACCUUUCAGGGAUCGGAUUUUAGCUUUCAAACCACCUGCAAUCCCUGAUCUUCAACCUUUGGUAGACCAUGAUGUAGAAGGCUUAUGGAAGGGAGAAAGUAAAUGGCGAACAGAAGAUUCUUGGUCUCCAGAACCUUAUCCUAUAGAACUUAUUUUGGCUGUACAAAGAUUAUUUGCAUUGAUGACACAUUCAAAACGGUCUUACUUGGAUGUCAGAGAGAUAUCUUUAUGUAUGGGAUAUGAAGAAGGCGAGAAUAUUGUUUGGUCACUUAACGAACCUAAUAAGGGAUGUCAUAAGGCAUAUGAAACGAUAGCAGAAACAUGGAAAGAACUUUGUUCGGAUCUGUAUCAACAACUGAAAUUAGUGGAAGGAGGUGAUACUGAGGAACACGCUAAACAAUACGAAGAUGAGAAAAGAUUGUUUCAUUGGCGAGGUCAUAAAAUGUCAUUACCAUUACCGGAUACAGAAGUUCAAGUUCAAGCUUCUCAAUCCGAUAACUCAACCACAUGUCUUAUCCUAAACACGAUGGGUUCAGCGCUCAAUGAUAUUUAUUCAGGCAUCGAUGCACAAGUAUGGUUACCAGAAUCGAAUUCAGCUCAUUUCUUAGACGGAACUUCACAAAUCAUUGCAUUUGAAAUCGAUCGAAAAAACCAUAAUAACUUUGGAUGGACUAAUGAUUCGAAUACUUCAUGUUUAUCUACUUUAGAACAAAGAAAACCGUUCGGAUUGGAAUCUGAAUUUUAUGUGGAUCGAUAUUUGCUUGACAAGAGACAUGUGAUCACUGACUUAAGGGAAGAGAUUAGUAAGAUCGAAGGUGAAGCUGAUGUUUCGUUAGUCAGACGAGAUCAGCUGGCGAAAGCCGGGGGUAAAGAUGUGGUUUCUAACUUGAAAUCAGUCGUCGAUUAUUUAUCUCAAGAAAGUCAAUUUCCAAUCACUACCUCUACAGAACGUGAAUCUCAAAAGAAAGAAAUGUUACCUAAAUUUCGAGCCGCUUUAGAGAAAUUAGAAGCUGAAAUCACCAGUCUUGAGUUAAAAGCUGCAACUGCUCAAGCUGCAUCAAAGGCAGUUUUUGACAUACCUCAGAUGAAAGAAGUCGGACCUCAUGAUUUAUGUGCAGUGGUAGUUUCAGAUGGAUUCGCAGGAAGAGAUCAUAUGUGGACUUAUACUAAAGCUGAUGACGGAAGUUGGUAUAAGAUUCUUGAUAGACAAAUUAGCUCUGUCACACUUGAAACCGUUUUGAAUGAUCCAGCUGGGAUCCAUAUGAAUGGUGGUCAUAUCUUUGCACUUUAUGUUAAGAGGUCUACUCCAGAAGAAUCAUCAACUGAAUCCGCAAGUAUCCCUCUAAGACCAUCACUUGAAGCUGCAAUUAUGAAAGAUAACGAAGAGUUUGAUAAGGAACUUUCAGAGGCUGCGACCAUCCAAUUAACGAACCCAUUGAUCAAUAUGACUGAUUUUAAUCAAGAUGUGAAGGUUAUGGAUUUAGAUUCACCUAGGUCUGAUGUAGCAGAAGCCGAUGAAUUAGGAUCUGAAUCUGAUCCAUUAAGAUUAUCUGGUGGUAGUGGGUUAGAUCAGUAUGAUGAAGAUGAAAAUGAAGAUGAAGAUGAGGAAGAAGAAGAGGAAGAGGAAGAAUGUGAUUUAGUUGAACUUGGGUUUUUGAAGUCUAUGAAUGGUCAGAAAUUGGAUAUUAAGACUAUGACUGGAAAGAUUGGAGGAAGACCUAUUUGGUUGGAUCCGAAGAUGCCAUUGGAGAAUGAAGCUGUCAAAUGUUCGACUUGUUCUGAACCUAUGGCUUUUCUUUUACAGAUGAAUGCGCCAGAUGAUGAAAAUCCUAAUGCAUAUCUAAGAACGAUUUAUAUAUUUAUUUGUCGAAAGAUGAAAUGUAUUGAAACCAAUCGAUCAGGAGGAUUGAAAGUUUUUCGAUUUCAAGUUUCUGAAGAAGAAUCUGAUUUGAUUUCAUCCGAAGAAGAAGAAGAAGGGAAGCAUGAUGGAUUGGUUUUGGAUAAAGAGUUUCGUGAAUGGGAAUUGGUUUGUGAUGAAGAACCUGAAGAUACGAUUGUUGAAGGAUUAAAACAAUCUGCAAUCUCAACGUGUAACGAACUAGAAUCGAAAACAGAUGAAGAAGAUGCUAAGAUGAAAGACACAAAAGCUCCAGUCGAUCUUACAUUCUUGAAAUUCCAAUCACGUUUAUCAAGAGCGCCAGAUCAAAUCUUACGUCAACAAUCUAUUAAACUUCGUACCGAAAUGGUGAAUUGGUUUAGGUAUUUAAAAGUCACUGAACCGGCUAUUAAACCAUUAUGGGCAUCUGAUCAAGAUUCAAACCGGUUUGAAGAAGUUCAAGUUUGUGGGAAUUGUGGUCGAUCGAAUUUGAUGAUUGAGUUUCAAAUCCUUUCAACUGUUUUGAGUUCAUUAGGAAUUGAAGAAAAAGAAGACGUCAAGACUGGACUUGAUUUUGGUACGAUUUUGGUUUAUACUUGUGAAAGGUCUUGUGAGAAAAGAGUAAGAGGUGAUGGGAAGGGAUGGGUUCAGGAAGUGGGCUUGGUUCAGAUGUUUUCUUUGGAUGGUGUUAAGAUUUAG